AUGAAACGACGGCAAAGCAUUUGGAGUGGAUUUCUGCUCAUUUUUUGCGCCACUUUCACCGUCGGCGAAAUCAUUAAAUCAACAAAUUCAACCGACCAAACGGCAAACGGUAUUCUCUAUCCGAGCAGCAGUGUUGAUUUAAUAGUGAACUUUUUCAAAACUUACAAACACAUUAAACGGCUCACACUUUUCCUCUGCGAUGAUGAUAGUUCAACGCGUUUAUCCGUUUCAAUACCAAUUCGCUAUGAUUAUGAUCCAACGCCGCUGCCAACAAUGACGACGACGACGACGACGACAACCGAUGCAAAACUUGAGCGGCAAAUGCAAAACGAUAAGCCAAAAUUGAAACAAAAACAUGAACGCCAUGGAAAUUGCUGUUUGAAUUUUCAACAAAUUGUGAAAUACUUGAUGGCUUCGGGAAACUUUUUAAUAAAAGGUGAUGGAAAUAUUGACGCGACAAUGUUUACCACCUCCGGCCAUGACUGUAACAUUGAUAUGGAAUACGAAAAGUUGGAUUCCGUCUACGCGUACCGGUUGUCGGAAAUGCUCGAGCGCGGUGAUUUCAAGCAGGGUGUUGUACUUGAUUUGCGCUGUCGCCAAAGCCGAUUCAUUCUUCAACAGCCGCAACAGUCAAACAGUGGAACAAAUUCAACGCCAGAAUGGAACAUUUAUGAUUUAUACGACGUGUGGAAUCCGGGAAAACUUUACGGUGGCAUACUGAAUGUGAGCCAUAUGGGUACCUAUUCAGCCGAUGAACAGUUUUUAAAUAUUUCCUUCAAAGAAACGACCAUUAUACGACGGUUGAAUGUUCAUGGCAUUAAAGUACGUGCCAUGGUUGUGGUAACGAAUCCAUUCAAUGAAUCAUUCGAACAGUACUUAGAUCAUACGUAUAAUCCGCAUCUAGAUUCGAUGAAUCGUUUCAACUAUCGGUUACUCUCAUAUGUACGUGAAAUGUUCAAUUUUAGAUGGGUUGUAUAUCGCACAAAUUCAUGGGGCUAUUUAAAAAAUGGAACCUUCGACGGGAUGAUCGGUAGCUUGGUUCGCAAAGAAAUUGAUGUCGGAGGUAGCCCGAUAUUUUUCCGAUCAGAACGUGCUAAGGUUAUCGAUUACACGGCACGAACGUGGAUAUCAAGGCCGUGCUUCGUGUUUCGACAUCCAACAGGUUUAGUUGGUAAUGUAUUUUUGCAGCCAUUCAACAUUCACGUUUGGUAUUGCGUAAUAGUCGUCGGUGUUUUUAUAAUUGGCACUACAUCAUUCAUCUCGAAGCGAGAAGGGAGGAAUUCAGAUGUAUCCAGUGGCAGCCAUUCAUUGACAAAUCGUUUAGAGGCAAGAAUGAAGAACGUGCAAUCGUUGUCGAAUCGAUCAAAGAAAUGGAAGCGAAACCAAAAUGAUGACGAUGUUGAUGGUGAUGAUGAUGAAGAUGAUGCGAUUGCAAUGCAAAGUCAACAGCAGACAUGCCGACGACAUCAAAUAAGUGACAGCAUGUUAAAUACAGUCCAGUUGAAACAGCAUGGAGCAUCGAUGACCAAACGAGAAAAACAUCCACCACGAUUAUGUUUCAACCAACAAAAACAGACGCAAAUAAUUCCAGAAGAAAAUGUCAUUAUUGGGAUUUGUACAAAAGUUUUCCGCUUUUUUUCAACACGAUGGUUGCCGGUGUCAGUGGAUCAGCGUACGUUGAAGAAGGUGCAGACGAUGAAUAAAAGCAGCUCACAUAAAAAAAUCAAUCACGAAAAUUUCCGUUCAAAUGUUUAUGAAUUUUAUUCGGGAGGAAGAAAUGAUUCGAAUGCAUUUGCGACGAUUGCUGGUGAUGGUGCCGGUGCCGCUGCCACUGUCGAUCGAGGUCACAGCAUCGCUAUGAGAAAUGAAGUUGGCAAUGUCAAUAGCAAACCAACAAAAGCAUUCGAUAACGUAAACAGAAAAUAUGACGAAAGCGCCGCACUUUCGCGCUGUGCAUUGCUUUUCAUAGGUGCACUGUGUCAACAAGGCUCUUCCGAAAUGCCACAAUUCACAUCGCGCCGAUGCAUCAUUAUGCUGAUUCUGUUGUUCGGCUUCUUUAUGUUCCAAUUUUAUUCAGCGAGUAUUGUCGGCUCUUUGCUAAUGGAAAAGCCAAAAACCAUUAAAACAUUACGGAAUCUGAUUGACAGCCCAUUGAAGUUGGGAAUUGAAGACAUAGUUUACAACAAGGACUUUUUCAAACGAACGACGGAUGCAGUAGCAUUGGAAUUAUACGAUAAAAAAGUGAAAGUUGUCAACCCGAAAACUGGCGAGAUCUUGUACAAUUUUCUACCACCAGCAGCUGGCAUGGACAAAGUAAAGCAUGGAGGAUUUGCCUUCCAUGCUGAUACAGCAACAUUCUACAAAAUCAUUAUAGACGAAUUUUCGGAGCGCUCGAUAUGUGAAUUGUCUGAAAUUCAGCUAUUCCCGGAGCAGCACAUGAUGGCCAUUGUACAAAAGGGAUCGCCGCUACGGAAGAUGAUAACAUAUGGAUUGCGACGAACAUUCGAGCAUGGGCUCUUGUAUUACGAGCGGAAGCGUUGGCAUUCACCGAAGCCGCAAUGCGUUCGACAAAUGCAUCCGGAAGACUUAAUGGUUUCGAUCGAUACCAUCGAAUCAGCAUUUUUCAUAUUGAUACUUGGUAUUUUGUUGAGUGUCACGUUGCUGCUGAUCGAAAAUGCAAUAUGGUUUUUUAAGAAAAGCAAACAACUCCAUACGAUCACCUAUUUAAAAUGAAAUUGAGCACCCUUGACACUGACUUACUUACCAUUUUUGAUGACAUUUUCUCUUCCGUCAAUGACACUUUCAACGGCACAAAUUUUCACAACAACCAAGACAGAAAAACCAAUGAAUAAUAAGUAUUACAACGAAUUCGCCAUUAAUGUUGAAUCAAUUCGGUUUUUUUUUCUUCUCUUUAUUUAAUCUUAUUUAUUGAUCUCAUAAAAUAAUACUGUUUAUCUUUAAAUACGUAACUGAAUAAGAGGAUUUUAUGCACAAAGGCAGCAAACAGCAUCGAGAUGAUAUCGAUUUUAGUUGGUGGCGAAAUUAAGUCGAUAAAUCAUCUAUAUCGUGUGUUUCGGUUUGUUUAUGUGUGUAUAUAUUUGUGUGCAAUGGAUCCGGCUCUACUUUUUCAUAGCGAUUUCAUUCGAUAAUGUUUGCUGCUUCUGAAAUUUUGUUAUUGUUUUGCUUAUUUAGUUGGAAUUCCCUUUAUUAACACGUGACAUAUCCAAUAGCCUUCGAUGUUCCAAUACACUAGAACUAUCAGAUAUUCUCUUUGUGUAUGUAUAUGUGUCUAUGUCGAUGCACGCAUGAAAAGCACCAACUCAACAAUAUUGUCACUCGAAAAAUGGUGAAGUUAAUAGAUGCGACGACGCAUUUUGCAACACUCUAUCUCUCGUUUCGGUACAAACACUUCACUAUAGUUUUGUUUGAUUACAUUCUCGGUAAAAGUUAUUUGCUAAGUAACUGAAUUAGUGUGUUACGAGAAACUUUUUGGGGCCGAGGCGGAAAUCCGUCCGCCCAACUCUAUGUGUCACCAUUAUGCACAUCAAGUUUUGAGUGGCAAUAUAUUGAUUUGGAUCCGAUUUCUCUCUGUAUCGGAUUAACUUCUUAAUUUUGCUAUAACAUUUGGAUUUGCUUAAUGCGUUGUUUUUGUUGCGUUUUUUUUUUGUCUUCAAUUUAACUUGUCUGAAUUUGAUGAAACUGAUUUUUGUUGAUGCCAUUUAGUGCUAUUUAAAAUUGGUGACAUACACUUAAAAUAUAUUCAUAUCAAUUUUCGUUUAAAUUUAUUUAUCCAUAGCGUUUUUGUUGUUGUUUCUUUUGAAAUAUUUUGUGUUUUUUGUUAUUGUUCAUUUUCAAUGAAUAUUUUGAUCAGUUAGUUGUUUUUUUUUCUUCUGUUGUCUUUCACAAAUAAUGUUAAUGCUCUAAGUAGCAUCUUUGUAACGUUUGUUAUUUUAAAGCGCAAUAAACCAUUUUUCGUGCUUAAACGACACACUCCAAAAAA